AUUACAUUGGUAUUGUACUUAUUGAAUGGCAUUUGCAGGCUGGGCUAUAGACAGCAAGGUAGGAAGGUACUUGAUAUGUAAUGGUUAGAGAAUGGUACAAUCUGCUGUUUAGUGGAAUCCUGUGAACUCCUCCCCAUCCCAGUGACAGGAUUCAGCAUGGAAGGUAAGUGUGUAUAUUAACUUUUCAACUAGUGAGUUGCUACUUAGUGUCACUAGGUAUCCACUGUAUUCCAGAUUUGGUGGCACUGAGUGACCCUGCUAUUUAGUAAUCAGUGUGUGAAAUGAUGUGAUUUAGUUUCUGUGCCUGCUGUAAUAGCUGAUUUUGGCCCUCCAGAUGUUUCUGAACUGCAGUGCUCAUCAUGCUCAUCCAGCCCUAAGUAUCACUGCCAUUUGACACACAAAGCUGUGUCUGCUGGCCUCUUACCCUGACUUAAUGCUAAAAGAUGUAUUCAUUGGCACUGGUGCUGCUAAUCAUUGGAUCAGGUGUGGCAUGUUCAAAAGGUUGGCACAAAUAAAAAUAUAGAGUGUUUAUAAUAUCAUAUUAUUUGAUGUGAUGUGAUAUUACAGUAAUUUGGGGGCCCACACCCCAUCUCACCUGGCCACAGUCAUACAGGUGUUUGGGCUUUAAUUUUACACCACCAUUAUUCUGUCGAUUGGCACAGUACUUCAGUAGAGAGAUUUGAGCAGCGGCAGAAUUGGCAGGCCAGAAAUGAAUGAGUUAAUGUGCAACUCUUCUGUAUUUGGGCUGAUAACUGAAAAUAAGAAGGGGAAAAAAACCCACUUGCAAUCCUCCUUCGCCCUUCCUGGCCAGAACUUCCUCUGAAGUGUAAUACACAUUGAAAUGUUAUUUUCUAGAUAGGCAUUUCUAAGCCUGUGCAUUUCCUCACUUAACAAACAAAACCCAAAAAGCAUGCAUUUACAAAUGUACAAAUAUAAAAAAUCCUAUACUUCUGCAGGAAAAAUGCUGGCAGCGUACUUCGACGUGCCUGGAGGGCCAGAAAAUCUGUUCAUCAAAGAAGUGGCAAAACCAAAUCCAAAGAAAGGAGAAGUGCUGGUAAAAGUGGAGGCCAGUGCCCUAAAUCGUGCAGACUUACUUCAGGUUCAGUAUCUAAUCGUAUUUACUCAUGUAACACAGCUGGGCUAAAUUAUGAUCCUAGCCAUUGGGGUAACUGCAGCAGGUGUCAUCCAAGAUUUCCACCACUCCUAAGAUGGGAGAAACACCCUGUGCUUGUUUUGCAUUUAAUGAAAUGCUUGCACUGUGUUUGCUGGUGUCUUGUCUCUGAUUUCCCCAUAAGUGAGAUACGUGUGUCUGGAAGGGGCUGUGUGUGUAAAGGGGUCUGUUUUUGUGUACUAUGUGGAGCUAGGGCUGUAGUGUGUGUGUGUGUGUGUGCGCGCGCCUGCAUGCGUGCGUACGUGUGUAUAGGGACUGUAGUGUGUGCGCGCGUACGUGUGUAUAGGGACUGUAGUGUGUGCACGUAUGUGUGUAUAGGGGCCAUAGAGAUUGUGCAUAUGUUGACAGGGUGCUGUAGUGUGUGUGUUUAUAGGGCCUUUAGAGUGGGAGGGUGCGUGUGUAUCUAGGGGCUGCAGUAUGUCAGUGUGUGCAUUUUUAGGUUGCUUUAUGUGUGUAUCAAGCAGCUGUAGUGUGUGUGUGUGUGUGUGCGUAUGUAUACAUUUGUUGUAGAGUAUGUGGGUGCUGAGCGUGGGAGUGUACUGUGUGCGGGGUAUACAGACUUACCCAUACAGACAGACUGAUCCAUAUGCACCCACACAGAUUGACCGAUGGACACGCACACAGACUGACCCAUAUCCACACAGAUUUACCGAAACACACACUGACCUAUCCAUACAAACACACACUGACAAAAUACAUACAGUGAGAGAAAACGUAUUUGAUCCCCUGCUGAUUUUGAACGUUUGUCCACUGACAAAGAAAUGACCAGUCUAUAAUUCUAAUGGUAGGUGUAUUUUAACAGUGAGAGACAGAAUAACAACAACAAAAAAAUCCAGAAAAACGCAUGUCAAAAAAGUUAUCAAUUGAUUUGCAUGUCAAUGAGUAACAUAAGUAUUUGACCCCUUCAACUUAGUACUUGUUGGCAAAACCCUUGUUGGCAAUCACAGAAGUCAUAUGUUUCUUGUAGUUGCACUGUUUGUUUUGCAUUUAACCCCUUUAGGAUGGAGUCAAUAGUACACGUUCUGAUCAAAACAAAACGUAAACAAAAACUGGAAUUUGCGCUAUAUGUCUGUUCAACCGUUAUUCACCUCUUUCAUAUUAAAUGCACCCACACUUAUUAUAUCUCAUUUUGUUCAGGAGAAACAGGGCUUUCAUUUCAUAUCAAAUAUUUAUAUAUGAAACAUAAUUUAUUAUGAAUAAAAUUUAAAAAAACUGUGAGAAAUUGUAUUUUUUUUUAACAAAAUUUGUACUUCCGCCUCACAUUUUAGCUGUAAAUGUCAUAAUACUGUUAGGUUUUACUGCAAACAAAUGCACAUAUUUGUAAUCAGUGAUGUCUGAUGCAGGGGCGUAUUAGCCGUGAGGCAAACAAGGCAUUUGCCUUGGGCGGCAUUUUUCAGGGGGCGGCAAAAAAACGACGCCCCCCAAAUGCCCAAGGCAAAUGUCUUGUUAGCCUCGCGGCUAACAGACAUUCUGGGCGCUGGGCGGCAGUGGCUGCAGCGCUGGGCGGGCGGGCGGCCGGCGAGGGAGGCUGGGAGCCGGGUUGAUGACGUCAUAUUCCGGCUCCCAGCCUCACUCUGCUGGCGGCGCGCGAGGGAGCUGAGCAGAGCGCUCAGGGGAAGAGCUCCCUCGGCGGCCGCCCGCCCGCCCUGCAGCCACUGGACCCCAGGGAGAGGAAGAACCCCCCCCCAGCAUUACCAAAGGUAAGGAGGCUGGGGGGGGGGUUAAAUAAAUAAAAUAAAAAAAACACUAGUGAGUGUGUGUAUAUGUCUGUUAGUGUGUAUGUUAGUGUGUGUAUGUAUGUUAGUGUGUGUGUUAGUGUUAGUGUGUGUAUGUUAGUGUGUGUGUGUGUGUGUUAGUGUGUGUAUGUAUGUUAGUGUUAGUGUGUGGAUGUCUGUUAGUGUGUGUAUGUUAGUGUGUGUGUGUAUGUUAGUGUGUGUGUGUAUGUUAGUGUUAGUGUGUGUGUCUGUUAGUGUGUAUGUUAAUGUUAGUGUAUGUAUGUUAGUGUUAGUGUGUGUGUGUGUGUGUCUGUUAGUGUGGAUGUCUUAGUGUGGAUGUCUGUUAGUGUGUGUGUUUGCCUGUUAGUGUGUGUGUGUGUUUGCCUGUGAGUGUGUGUGUCUGUUAGUGAGUGUGUGUUUCUGUUAGCUAGUGAAUGCAUAUCUGUCAGUGAAUGUGUGUGUGUGUAUUUAGAAGGCGGAGCAGGGGGGAAGGUUGGGUGGCGGUUGCGCGGGUGGGGGUGGCGGGGGGGGGUUCCUGAGUUUUGUCCUGCCUAGGGCAGCACAAAACCAGGAUACACCACUGGUCUCAUGAGUACAACAGUACCCCCCACAGGUUUUAUGGUGUUUUGGAAAGUUACAGGGUCAAUUAUAGAACGUUCCAUUUUCAAAUUGAAAUAUGCCAGAUUAGUAAUGUUACCUUUGAGACGGUGUGGUAGCCCAGGAAUGAGAAUUACCCCCAUAAUGGCAUACCAUUUGAAAAAGUAGACAACCCAAGGUAUUGCAAAUGGGGUAUGUCCAGUCUUUUUUAGUAGCCACUUAGUCACAAACACUGGCCAAAGUUAACGUUCAUAUUUGUUUUUGUGUGAAAAAAGCAAAAAACUAAUAUUUGGCCAGUGUUUGUGACUAAGUGGCUACUAAAAAUGACUGGACAUACCCCAUUUGCAAUACCUUGGGUUGUCUACUUUUGCAAAUGGUAUGCCAUCAUGGGGGUAAUUCUUAUUCCUGGGCUACCAUACGGUCUCAAAAGCAACAUAACAAAUCUGGGAAAUUUCAAUGUCAAAAAAAUGAAAUGCAAGCCUUAUAUGUGACUCUCUAACUUUCCAAAACACCAUAAAACCUGUACAUGGGGGGCACUGUUAUUCUCGGGAGACUUCACUAAACACAAAUAUUAGUGUUUUUUAAAACAAUAAUAUAGUCCAUAAAAGUGCCGUUUGUUUGUAAAAAAGGUCACUUUUACUUAAAAUAUCAUCGUUGUAAUACAAUUUACCAGUUUUAAACACUAAUAUUUGAGUUCAGCGAAGUAUCCUGAGUAAAACAGUACCCCGUAUGUACAGGUUUUAUGGUGUCUUGGAGCGUUACAGGGUCAAAUAUAGUGCUUGCGAAUUAAAUUCUCUGCACCACCGGGAUCUGAGAUGCGGACGGCGUGGAAGCUAGCACAGGCAGGAGUGGAAGCACUAGCGACAGAAAUAACAACAGAAGAGGUGGCACAGGCCAUAGCUGCCCUGAAAGGGAAUAAAGCCCCUGGACCGGAUGGGUUUGACGGGAGCUAUUAUAAGGAAUUUCGGGACGAGCUUGCUCCCCACUUAGCAGCACUAUUUAACGAAUUUAGAUCAGGAGGCACCCCAGAUCAGGAUAUGUCGUUAGCAACCAUUGUCUUAUUGCCAAAGCCAGACAAGGACCCGAGCAUCCUGAGUAGUUAUAGACCAAUCUCCCUAAUCAAUCUUGAUAUGAAAAUCUUAGCGAAAAUUCAGGCGACAAGACUGAACCCUUAUUUAUCUACAUUGGUAGAUGCAGAUCAAGUGGGAUUUGUGCAGGGCAGACAGCUGUUUGAGAAUACCCGUAGGAACAUAGAUAUCAUUUGGAAGCAGAAGGUUACACACACCCAAACUAUGCUGGUCUCAUUGGACGCUGCAAAAGCAUUCGACAGGGUCACAUGGACGUACUUGUUCACACUUCUGUCCCACAUGGGAUUCCCCGAGCAAGCUAUGACUUUGAUUAAAGCCAUGUAUAGCAAUGUGUGAGCACAAGUGAAAAUCUCGGGAGCCCCACUAAAUCCGUUCAGACUAUACAAUGGCACCAGACAGGGAUGACCUUUGUCCCCUGCUUUCCCUGGAGUCUCUACUCCAAGCCCUUAGACGACACCCGGACAUACAGGGGGUUCGAGUGGGAGGCAGGGAGUUCCUGGUGUCGGCGUAUGCGGAUGAUGUGCUCUUGACGCUCACUGACCCCCUCAACUCACUGAGGACCUUGCAAGGAGUUCUGGAGGCCUAUGGAGCUGUGUCGGGGUACAAAGCUAACAUGACCAAAUCUAGUGCCCUUCCAAUCGAGAUUCCAGAUGUAGAGUUGACAGCUCUUCAAAGGGCACACCACAUAUGUGUAGAGCGACAGUCGAUUUAAAUAUCUAGGUAUUAAACUGACAGCAGACCCAGACCAACUCCUACAUCAGAAUUAUACUCCACUCAUAAAACAACUCAUCAGGGAACUAGAGACCUGGAACGAUAGGCCUAUCUCUUGGAUAGGGAGAAUUCAUGCGGUCAAAAUGAACAUCCUACCCAGGAUAUUAUUCUAUUUCCAAUCUCUGCCCAUACAUCUAUCCAAGACACACCUAGCACCACUGCAACAGGCGAUAGGGAACUUUGUGUGGCAAAACAAACGCCAUAGAAUUUCGAGACAUAUAUUACACAGGCCAAAAAAUAGGGGAGGCCUCGGACUGCCUAACCUAUACGGCUACUACAUGGCGACACAAUUGUCGCAAAUAGCCUUAUGGCACUCGCCACCUGGAGAACGGAAAUGGGUGGACUUGGAAUCUCUGAUGGUGGGGGCAGACAUUCUGCAGCUACUCAUCUGGGUCCCCAAUGAUAAAAGACCAAUCAUUAGAGCUACAUGCCCAGCUAUAUUGAACUCUAUACAUAUCUGGGAUAGAGCUCAACAGCGACAUGGGCUUGCAUCAGCCCCAUCCCCUCUGAUGCCGUUUCUUCGAAAUAGAGCAUUCCCGCCGGGAAUGGCAGCACGAAAUUUUAGGAAUCUAGAAAGAAUAGGUCUGCAACGCAUGCAUCAGUUGGUACAGAAUUCAGAGGUAGUAACUUUCGACACCCUACAACAAAGGGGUCACCUCACGCCUGCAGACUUCUUCAGGUACUUACAAAUAAAAGAUUUCGUAAAACUCCCAUGGGUCCGGGCGGCGGCCCAAAAACCCAUGACGUUCUUCGAACAAAUAUGCCUUCAGGACCAUAUGCCUAUGGGUCUGAUAACUCGGCUGUACAACCACCUCUGCUCUGUAACUAACGAAGGGGGAAAUCUAGCCUACACGGAACAAUGGGAGAGGGACUUGGGGGAGCAAUUAGAAGGGAUAGAGUGGCAAGAGAUCUGGGAAGCCAAUCACAAAUCCUCAGUAUGCGUAACGAUACAGGAGCAAGCAGGUAAGACGAUGCUUCGCUGGUAUACAACCCCUGUAAAGCUGUAUCAAAUGGAAAAAGUGCUCUACCGACUUUUGUUGGAGAGGGUGCGGAAUGAAAGGGACAUAUCUCCACAUGUGGUGGGAAUACCCCCUGAUGAAAAGAUUCUGGCAACAAAUUAGAGAUAUACCAGGUGCUGAACAGAGCCCCCCCCCUAGACCCGUGGUUAUACUUACUCAGUAGAACAAUAGAUGGAUGGACUAGACACGAACAAAAACUCAUCCAUAAAGUAACUAGCAGCCAGGAGAGCAGUGGCAGCGGACUGGCUUAAACAGACCACUCCACCUCUUACGGGGGUCAUCAAUAGAAUAAGGGAAGUAUAUAUGAUGGAUGACCUGACGGCAAGAGUUAGGGGAACUCAAAAACAAUUCCAGAAAAUAUGGGCACCAUGGGAAGAUAGGUCUACUGGGUGCCCCUAACUCAAGGGGCUAAGGCCCACAAGAUAGUUAAAACGAAGGGAAGCGGUUCCUCGGCUCCUGCCCUCCCCGCCCCACCCCUACCUUAUUAUCUUUUUUCGACACCUACCUUCCUUUUUCUUACUUCUAUUCGUCUCUUAUUAUGUGUAGCAUAUACCUCCCAGAGGAUGUAGGGAGAGGUAUACCUGGAAAUUGUUUAAAGACCAGGUGUGAACAGAGGAACGUAAACCAAAGCCUUCAGAUGGCCGACAACAUGUAGAGACCGUAAUGAUUCCCGCGAUGGGGACCCACGGAGCCCUUUAAAGACCAGGGGGUGGGAAACACGCUGCAGGUUAUCUAUCUAACUCUGAGACAUAGAGAAACCCAUUACACAACAUAAUAUUAGAUCAGAGGGCUCCCGGCAGUUGGAGGGCACACACCGACGUUAUUUAUGUACAGCCAAGUUUCAUAUGCUACCAAAUAUUUCUUGUUUUUUCAUUCUUUUUAUUUUCCUUUUCUUCUCCUGUUACCAAUCACUAAAGUUGACAAAUUGUAACUCGCAAUAUCAGAAAGCAUUAAGGUAGCUAAUACGUCGCUUUAGGGGGCAAUGGUGGAGAAUGUUAGACCACCAUCUGCCGCGUGGGUAUGCGAUAGAUAGGUUACUACACUCUGUAUACAAUGUGUAUGUCCAUCUUUGUUUGAGUUACAGAAUGUGAUCGAUAUAUAUGCAUGUUACCUCUGUCAACAUAAAUAAAGAAUUUAAAAAAUUAAAAAUUAAAAAAAAUAAAAAUUCUCUGCACUUUCUCCCUGUGUUGUCAGGCAUGUCAAUCAAAUUUUAAUUAAUCAAAUCACAUAAUUAUGUUAAAAGAUUACUUAAAUAUACACGUAGAACUUUACUUUGCAUUUAUAGGUAUUUAAAUUCUAUGUGUAUACUAAUGUAAUCUUUUAUGUAAUUAUAUGUAUUUAUCUAUAUAUAUAUAUAUAUUUGCAGUUAUUUGUAUUUUUUUUAUAUAGAUAGAUAUAUAUAGAAUGUCUUUCUAAGUGUAUUUUAUUAUAUAUAUAUAUAUAUAUAUAUAUAUAUAUAUAAAUAACAAAAUACAGUUAGAAUGAAAUUUCAUAUGAAUAUAUAAUUUAUAUUAAAUUUUGUUUCAAUAUUUUAUUCAUUUAUUUUAUUAUUUUAUUUAUUAUUGUAAUUAUACGUGUGUGUGUGUGUGUGUGUGUGUAUAUAUAUAUAUAUGUAACAUCGUUCUAAGUGUAUUUUAAUAUUACUUGUAAUUUAUUUUAUAACAUGUUUAAUUUUUUUUUAACUUUCCCACCAGCAGGGGGACUGUCUGACAUUUCUGACAGCCCCCUGCUGGCAGAUCCACAGCCAGCUAUAGGGGGCCAUCGGGGGCCUCAUUUACCGGAGGAGGGCUGCCUGGGCUGUCAGGUAGCCCCCCAGAAGAGGAUCGCGGUGGCAUAGAACGGCGUUAAGGGGUUAAUGAAAUGCUUGCACUGUGUUUGCUGGUGUCUUGUCUCUGAUUUCCCCAUAAGUGAGACACCACGUGUGUCUGGAAGGGGCUGUGUGUGUAAAGGGGUCUGUUUUUGUGUACUAUGUGGAGCUAGGGCUGUAGUGUGUAUGCGCGCGCGUACGUGUGUAUAGGGGCUGUAGUGUGUGUAUAGAGGCUGUAGUGUGUUCGCAUACAUGUGUAUAGGGGCCAUAGAGAUUGUGCAUAUGUUGACAGGGUGCUAUAGUGUGUGUUUAUAGGGCCUUUAGAGUGGGUGCGUGUGUAUCUAGGGGCUGCAGUGUGUCAGUGUAUGCAUUUUUAGGUUGCUUUAUGUGUGUAUCAAGCAGCUGUAGUGUGUGAGUGUGUAUAUGUAUACAUUUGUUGUAGAGUGUGUGGGUGCUGAGCGUGGGAGUGUACUGUGUGUGGGGUAUACAGACUGAUCCAUACACACCCACACAGAUUGACCGAUGGACACGCACACAGACUGACCCAUAUCCACACAGAUUUACCAACAGAAACACACACUGACCUAUCCAUACAAACACACACUGACAAAAUACAUACAGUGAGGGAAAACGUAUUUGAUUCCCUGCUGAUUUUGAACGUUUGCCCACUGACAAAGAAAUGAUCAGUCUAUAAUUCUAAUGGUAGGUGUAUUUUAACAGUGAGAGACAGAAUAACAACAACAAAAAUUAUCCAGAAAAACGCAUGUACAAAAAGUUAUCAAUUGAUUUGCAUGUCAAUGAGUAACAUAAGUAUUUGACCCCUUCGACUUAGUACUUGGUGGCAAAAACCUUGUUGGCAAUCACAGAGGUCAUACGUUUCUUGUAGUUGCACUGGUUAAGAACAUAUUUAAAAAAACACUUUCUAAAGUGUUUACUAAAUGAUCAUUAAAAUUUGCAACAUCAGGCUGGGAUACAGCAGUAUAGACCUUACACACAAAACGUUAGCACAUUUAUUGCCUCAGAGCCACUUUAUCAGAGACCUCUAUUAUCAUGUCAAUUCUGUGCAAUCCCUGGUUACGCUAAUAACCCCCAAUGUCCAUACAUUUUCCUGCCAUCAUAUCCUAAAAUCUUGUGAAAUAGAUGCACUCCAGCCACAGGGAAAAAAAUGUAUGUACUUAUGUUGCAGAGAAGGGGAAAAUAUUCGCCACCACCGGGAGCCAGUGACAUUCUUGGUCUGGAAGCAGCCGGCACUGUGGUGGGAUUUGGUCCUGAUGGCUGUGGGAGAUGGAAUAUUGGUGACCGAGUCAUGGCUUUGCUUCCUGGUGGAGGUAAUGCACAGUACACCGCUGUAUCUGCAGACCAUCUCAUGCCUAUUCCUUUGGGUAUGACUGCAACAGAUGCGGCCGCCAUUCCGGAAGCCUGGCUCACUGCGUUUCAGCUGCUACAUUUUGUAGGUGAGAAUGAUUUCUGUUUUAGUGCGGAUUAUGGGAAUGUGUCGUGCUCGUAUUUCCAUGCUUGAGUUGAUCACUCUUGGAAAUACUUGUUCAGACCAGUAUACCUAUAUUCUAUUAUGUCCUGGAGUCUCCAUUUACCAUUAACUACUGAUAAUAUUGAAAAGUAAAAAAUGUGCAAAGAUUUAUUUACCCAAGGUGUAACAUGAACAACAUUCAAAACGUAUGCCAACUGGGUGAGUCCAAAUCAGGAGGGAUUCAGACAAGUAAAACCUGUUAAAAGAAAUGAGCUGACACAUACAACCUAGCCAAAAAAAUGAUUUAGUGGUAAAAAGAUGCAUGCCAUUUUAAUUAAUUUUAUUUUUUAAAGAAAUACAAAUAUAAUCCCACCCAGUCGUGUGAUUGCUAAUGCAGAUGUUCUGUCUAUCUUUGCAAUUCACACAUGGACAAACCUGAUAUUCCAAAUAUCAAAGCGUCACAGGGAGAAGGGGCUAUGAUGCAACAGACCCAGGAACCUCUACUUUUGUCUAUAUCACUUGAUUAAAGGUUCGAAUCUCACCCAGAAUCAUGGGAUGAUGGUAUCGCUCUUGUAGCCUAUUGACCGCAUAACCAGUACUGUGACAUGUUGUGUUUAUGGUGGUUAGACUGCCCCUUUAAGUUUUAAUUUGACAUCAAACUCUGCCUGCAAGAUCUAAUUAAAAGGUAUUGGUAUAUGUUUUUAUCAUUUUAAAGGUAAGGUUCAAAAGGGGGAGAUUGUCUUGAUACAUGCUGGAGCUAGUGGUGUUGGCACAGCGGCCAUCCAGUUGUGCCGAUUGGCAGGAGCAAUCCCUAUUGUAACUGCAGGUUCUAAGGAAAAGCUUGAAAUUGCUAAACAUCUAGGAGCUGCUGCUGGGUUCAACUACAAAGAAGAGGAUUUUGGUGCAAAGUGUCUCGAGUUCACAAACAGUAAGUCAUUAAUCUAUUAAUGGAAUUAAGCAUGUGUUUAUUUAACAAUUUUGUACUUGAGCGUUUUUUUUUUCUUACUUUGCUCAUUUAUAGACUGGUGUGACGUCAGAAUUGGGGGUUUGGUUUAUUCAGUAAAGUAUCCUACUAAAGUAGUAAAUUGAAACCUAAAUGGUAAAAUUUAGGUCAAAAUAGACAUUUUGGAAAAUCUCUCCAACUUUGCUGUAGUCACGAUUUGGCCGUUUUUAACCUGAAUUUUUCCAUUUGGAUUUCAAUUCGGUGCUCUUUGGAGAUCAGUAAACAGACCUCUAAGUGGACAUCUUCCAGAAGAACAUCCAUGGGUUAUUUACUAAAAUGUGACCUGUUGCUAAACCCCAGCUAUGGUUUCUAUUUUGAUAUUUUGGAAUAAAAUGUGAAAUUCACUUUGAAUUCCCUACAAGUCAUACCUUAGUGAAUAGCCCUGUAUGUCAUCAUCUGGUUGUUUUUCUUUACUCUUGUAGCAAGCAGGAAAGUCCAGGACUAUUUUAGUUCUAUCUGCCUAACCCACUAAUAUCGUUCUCAAGUUGUGUGUAUUCUGUGCUUUCUUCGUUAAUUAAGUCCAUCUUGUCUUCACCAUUAGUAUGUUAGAACAAGAAAGGCUACGAUGCACGUACGAUUUUGUUUGUCGAGGGACAAAAGGGCACAGGCACACCUUCUGAUUAUCAGAGUGCUUUAAGGCAAUGUGAUGUAGCCAUUCUAUUUAACUAGCUCACAGAAAGCCAAAUCAAACAUUGUAAGAAAAGGCAUACUAAUGCCUCAAUUGCAGUAAAUGAUCUUGGCUUGUCUUCUGAGAAGGGUACGGGACACAUCUAGUCUUUACUUACCAGAAGAGUCAGGAAAGGUCAUGUAUAGAACACAAUGGGCAGAGCCUAUGAAUAAAAGUGCUUUCAAAAUCAUUAAAUAUUUGUUCUGUGAGCAUUGCUUAUCUGCCGAUAAUGGAACAUUGGUACAGUAAAACCACUAAAGAUCAAUAGUAUGUAAAUAGAUCAGCAGUAGUAUCGUUUUUUUGUAUAUAUAUUUUUUUUCUUUUCUUUGCAAUUAACUCUUUUUUUUUUUUUUUUAUUAUUACGAUUGAAAUAAGGGGAAAUCACCAAGUACCAAAGAGAAAAAAAUAUAUAAUGGGGAAAAUAUAAAUAAAAUAUUUAAAGCAAAGAAUAAACGACCAUCAAAACAUGGGAGAUAUUAAAAACAUUAACAAAAAACUAGACAUAUUAUAGGGUAGUAUAUCUGAAUAAAAAAAUAAGCACUACCACAAAUGCACUUACAAAAUGUAUGAAAAUGUAAAGGCAUAUCACCAAACUCUUGGGCAGCACUAUUCCUGUGAUGUCUUUUGAAUAUAUAUUCAUAAAAAGUGUAUAUAAAAGAAGAAAAAAAUAUCUCAUAGGGCAAUGACUCCAAAAUGGGCUAGCAAUCCCACAAAAUGCACUUGCACAUUUUAAAAAUAAGAGCAUAUCACCGAAUCCUUAUGGAUGCUGUGGGCAGCACCUCUGGUGAAAGUAGCAUUAUUUAGAUGGGAUCCUCUGGUAUAGAGAAAAAAAAAAAGCAUAUAGGGGGCUGCAAAAUGGAAUAUAUUUAUUAUAUUGCACUUACAAACAAGUAUAAUAGCAAACGUACAUAAGGCCACUUCCAAACAGUCUGAAUCCCACUGCCGCUCCUCUUGAUAAACAGCAGGUGAAUGGUAAAGGCGAAAUCUAGUCUGCAUACAAAGUAUGCAAUUUAUACACAAAAUAAAAACCAACAACCAUGAUCCUAUUUGUUUCGCUGGUAUAAACUUCUACAGGGAUGGUUGAUUGGACCAAAAAUUCUUCAAUGCUCCUUCUUUUACAUCUUGCCUAUUUUAGCCAAAAACUUGCAGUUCCCUCUUCUGUUUCUCAACAAUUCCAGGUUUUUUGAAAAAGCAAUGUUUGGUGUUAUUUAAACAAACUGGUAAUUGAUGUCAGGCUAAUUAGCCAUGUUGAUUGAAGCUGCUUACAUGGUUACAUAGUUACAUAGGCUGAAAAGAGACUUUAGUCCAUCAAGUUCAGCCUUCCUCACAUCUGUUUUUGCUGUUGAUCCAAGAGAAGACAAAAAAAAACAGUCUGUAGCGCUUCCAAUUUUGCUACAAACUAGGAAAAAAAUUCCUUCUUAACCCCAGAAUGGCAGUCAGAUAUCUCCUUGGAUCAAGAAGCUAUUACCCCACUAAUUUACACAUUAUAUCCCUGUACAUUGUAUUUAUCCAAUUGCCAUUUCAACAUCUGUAUGGACUCUGAUAAAACAACCUCCUCAGGCAGAGAAUUCCACAUCCUUAUAGUUCUUAAUGUAAAAAAACAUUUUCUUUGCCUUAGACUAAAUCUCCUUUCUUCCAGCCUAAAUGCAUGACCUCGUGUCCUAUGUAUUAUGUAUUAUUUAUAAAUAGAAUUCCAGAUAAUGGUUUGUACUGCUUGACAUAUGUUCUUCGUGCACAAGUCCUCAUGUGGUCUUUUUUUUUUUUUUUAAUGUUAUGCUGGUUGCUUUAUGAAUGUGUGGGUUCCCUUUCUCUAACAUCAUCCUGAACGAGACUAGACUCAUGUGUUUAUAAAUGCCGAGCACAGAUUUUGAUGAUGUAGUGACUGUCAUUAAACUCCAUUCCUCUUCUUAUUCUAGAUGUUGGAGUUGACAUUAUAUUAGACUGUGUCGGAGCAUCGCAUUGGGAAAAGAACCUUAAUUGCCUCAACAUGGAUGGUCGCUGGGUGGUAUAUGGACUCAUGGGAUCUGGUGGGAUAAAUGGAGACCUGCUGUCCAAGCUUCUAUGGAAACGUGGGAGUAUCUUAGGAAGUUUGUUAAGAUCCCGUUCAAGCCAGGUAAGUGGAGACUUGUGCUCAAUUACAGAAGGGCUUUUCAGAACACAAGGCCCACUUAGAUCUAUCAGUCUACUUACUGCAAGCUAUUAACUCACUGUAUUGUAAUAAUGUCAAGACCACAUUUACCAGCUAAUAUGUGACAGUGGAGAGGGGAAGACUGAAAUUAUGGAUUGUGUGUGACCGAUUUGAGCUACAAACUGUGGCCUUUGAUGUUUUAUACAUCCCCAAUGACAAAUCUUAGACAAUAAUUAGACUAGUCUUCUACAGAUUUUUUGAGUUGAGAAUACUUGUACAGUGGAACCUCGGAACUUGAACUUAAUCUGUUCCAGAAGGCUGUUCGAGUUCCGAUUUGUUUGAGAACCGAAUCAACAUUUGCCAUAAGAAUUAUUGUAAAUUUGAUUAAUCCAUUCCAGACCCCCAAAAUUACAGACUUUUAACACUAAUUUUACAGUUUAAUAAUACCUUACAUACAUAAAAUCAUAUAGAAAUAAAAUAACACAAUGUACAGUAAAUGAAAAGAAAAUGUAACUUCACUUUACCUGUAAUGAUGAGACUUGAUGGCGUAAGUGGAAAGGAGAAGAGAUAAUAUUGUUUGGAUGGGGCUAUGUAACUGUUCUUCUAGCAUUUAAAAUAUGUCCAAAGUGAGACAUAGUGUUAUAAUUGAACAUGUUUGUGGCAUGAUUUGUUCGAGUACUGAGGAUCGUUCGUGUACCGAGACUUUUUUUUUUCCUCUAAAUUUUUGUUCGACUGCCGAAUUGUUCAGGUAAGGGACCGUUCGAGUUCCGAGGUUCCACUGUAUAUACCUAUACAGGACAUUUGUGCCAGAAACACAUCUUCAAUGCAGUGACUGUUCAGUUUUAGUUUCUUAACUAAUUAAUUGGAAUAGAACCUGUUAUUUAUCAGAAUGCUGCACCCUGGAUUUGUUACGAUCUUCCAUUCAAACCACAGAUAUAUAUUUUUCUGAAACACUAAAAGAUGACACAAGAUUGAUUGGGUUUUUUUUUUGUCCCCCCCACCCCCAGUAUAAGGCAGAUCUGGUAAAGGCUUUCUCAGAACAAGCCCUUCCACACUUCACCGCUGGUGGUCCUAUUCAUCUGAAACCGAUUGUAGACAGUGUGUACCAACUGCAGAAGAUAUCUGAUGCUCAUCAACGUAUGGAAGAGAACAAGAACACUGGCAAAAUUGUCCUCCAGAUCCCCAUCUGACUGUUAGACCACAGACCGAAAUUCUAAAAGUCAAUUGAGUGCAUUAAAUAAGGCUAUUAUACUAUACAGGGACAAUGUGCUACUUUCAUCACUUGGGUAUCAAAACCAUAUUAGGAUCAACAGUACAAGUACUAAAGUUGACUAUUCAUAACCAUAUUCCUUGCUUGUAAGUAAUAUAAUUGUAAUCAAUACAUAACACAAGAGAUUGACAGCCUAUUUUAGGUUGAAAGACAUAUCUGAAGUUUGUGUUCUGUUUGUAAAGAGAGAGGCACCCACAAUAAAAUAGCAAUAUCAUUAAGACUGUGUCAUAGACACUUUGUCUAGAACAGUGGUUCCGAAACCAGUCAUGGACCAGCAAAAGUCCAGGAUUUCUGGAUUUCCCUUUACCAUUUCAACGGAGAUACUGACAAAAACUGUACUUUUGCUGGGUCAUGAAGGCUGGUUUGGGGUCCACUGGAAUCUCUUAAAGUAUACUUCCUGCUUGUAGAUAAGAUGUCUGUAGACAUUUGGCUAGGGCCAAAACCAAGAGAGAUAACUAGCAACAUACUUUAUGUAAAUCAGGAUACCAUCUGCUUUAUGUCUUCAUAUAUUUAAAAGAAUAUCACAUACUAUCUGUGUCAGAAUACAUAUGACACUACAUCUAUAGUGAAAUGAAAUUCUCAUCCACGUAUUAGAGAAGGGUGAAGUCUUUGUUUAUAGUUUAUGGUCUUUCUUAUUGCAAAAAAUUCCUUUGAAAGGACAGCGUGAGGAUUACGAACCAUUUGUUCGUUCUCUGAUCCUAGGUUCGAUGACUUCUUCAUUAUUUUAGUCGCCAAUUCAUGCUACAUUCGGGCAGCAACUCUCUCUUCCUCGCUAGCCAAUUAUACCUCUCCUCUUAUAAGCACCUACUCUCAUAAUCCAAAUAGUCUCUAUGGUACCUUCCCCUCUAUUUCACCUUGCUGUAACUGCCCCCAUACUAACCUUACAGAUGAUAUAACUGCUAUUUUACAGGAUUAAUCAAUUAAGAAACAAAGUUUCCCGUCUUCACUCCUUUCUCUCUCUAUCUGACUUGCACUAUGCUUCUCGUACCCUCCAGGAUUUCGACCUGGCUAUUGAACAGGAGGUGUCUGCCCUUCUAAUAUCCUCUCGCCCCAACAAGUACCUUCAUUUACAGCAACAGGGAGUCACCUGAUGAGGUGGAACUUCAGCUACGAUUUUCUAGUUAACUUUGUUUGGCUUAAGGACUUUCCAUAGAAUCUGGCAGCGGUAUGCCAACAUUUAGGUUAAUAAAUAUUCUGUGUAAUAAGUGCCUUGUUGUUUCCUGAAGAGAAACCGUGGCUUUUCGAAAAAGAAAAAAAGGAUAUGUAGUUAUACCUCUGAUCUCCUGUGAGAUACAUUAGGAGGCUAUGUAUAAAAAGCACAAAAAGGACACAACUUCUGGAAUAACAUGGAAUCAUGGCGGAAUAUUUCUGUCAUGUGUCCUUAAAGGGUUAAAGUUCUAAAAGUGGAACAAUCAGAACAUUCUAUUGGUUUCCUCUGUGAUUGUUUCAGUUUCCACAUCCAAGGCAAUGUAAAGUAAUUAAUGCUGUUACCUGCGUGUAGUUGGUGAAGUAGCACAAGAAGUGUUCAAUACAAUUGUUUCCAGUAGGAAAAUGAAUUAUAAUAAUGGAUAAGUUUGAAUACUAUAACAUGUUAUCUAUGAAAGGCACAUGUUUGUUUAGAUGAAUGCCGGAGAAAUGAGUCUAUAAACGAGCAGAAUAACUGCAACACAUUAACAACCAGAUUUCCACUAGUUCAGUAACCAGAUCUUCUAAGCCUGGAACCUACUGCGCAUUCUCUGCUUCUUAAAAAGGACAGUUUAGGCAGCGUAACAACUUCUUCUAAAUGAAGUUUCUAUUGUGCCAAGUGGUACACUGGUACAUUCUUAGCUCAAGAGUUUAAAUUGUUCUUUAACGGUUUAUCCCCAAAGUUGCCUCCAGCGCUGAUCAGUGACUCCCCAUUUAAGAAAACUAGUUUGAAAAAGGUACGCGUCUUUUCAAGCCAAUUUUAUGAAUGGGGAGUCACUGACUGGCUGAGAAUGUCAGCUGGCUGCUCUCAGACAAUCAAAGGCACCCCUGCCCAGCGGCACUCCACACUCCUGAAACUGAGAUUUUAGAAGCAGGAUGCCGCCUGGGGGAGUUGAGAUUGGCUCUGUAGGCAACUUUGGUGUUAAACAGUUCUCAAAUGAUUUAAUGUCAUCCUACCACCCAGUCAGCACAAUGUCUUGGGCCAGCCCUGCCUGCACGUUUUGUCCACUUUUAAAUUGAGGAAGCAAUGACCUACCCAGACACUAGCCUUCUCCUGAGAGCCAUAAGUUGAUAUAAGGUGUUAAAGGAUCCCAUCCUAGCACUUUAAAUUAAACAUUAUUUCCCUGUUUUGAUUCUAUUCCCCGUUCGAUGUGCCAUAUGUUUGCACUGUAUCAAGUACCACAAAUACGGUUUGUGCAGCAGGAUUAAUGUGUCACUUGAGGGUUCUGCACAUUAUGCAAAUACACUUUGUUUCCAUAGUUACCUGCAGUGUAGAAGACUCACAAUUGUAUAGUGGCACUAUGCCAUGUUCUCUUGGGAAUAAAUAGUGUGCCAUUUUGAUUUGUGGCCAGAUAUAAAAGUGUGUUGAGUGUUACUUUGUCAGUUAGAAAAAUGCUUCUCAUACGUCGUGCCAAAUUGUGUGAAAUGGAAAGCUGUUUUUUAGUAUUAUUGUUAAAUAAUGCUAUAAGUGGAACAGUCAUCAUGGGAACCAGUGUAGGUUCCUCCUCCUGAUUGCUCCACUUUGAUUUUUUUUUCCCCCUGAAUGUCUUUCUACAUAUGCCUUACUUACUAUAUGGAACUAUCCUUGAAGGGACACUCCACACCCCUUACACACUUAAGGGCUGUGUGAGAUUGUGCCAAGAGUGUGUACUGCCUUGUAAAGACUUCUCCUUGAGAAGUCUGUGAUUGGACAGCCACAGAAUGUCUGGACAGAAUGAGAAGGGUGGGGGAAAGUGCACUUUUUUAAUUGGUGUUUAUAUCUUUAAAAAAAAACAAAAACUGUGAUUUAAAAAAAAUAAUUAAUUUGUACUUUGGCAAUGUCCUUUAAGGAAACCAUUCUAUGUUAUCACAUACCAUGUUGUUAAACUCUCCUAACACAGGCUUGUCAGAGCUGCAGUGAAGAGUCAGGAGAACUGGAUUGUUUUGUGGUUUUUGUUGUGUGUUUCUUUCGUUUUCUUAAAUCGAACACUAUCAAUUUAUCUAAAGUUCCCCAAAAAUUCCACCUUAUUCAUAAAGCCCUCUGCAGGAAUACGGUAAUAUUGAUAUUCCCAAUAAGGACAAUAUAAAUGUUCUGCAUUAUUAUUCAAAAUUAAAUGAUCUUUACACUAAACACUUGGUGUUUCUGUAUUUUGUUAUUCGAUAACAUUCCAAAGAGAUGAUCAUGCUGUUACUUCACAAUAUGUUGCCCCCCUUGGAAUAGUCUGUAAAACACAGCCAUAUGUGCUCCUGUCACAUCAUCCUCAUUCCCUGCCUCCCUGUUUUUAUUUCUGAUAUGUGAG